AUUUUAUUUACCUUGAAUUGAAAAAAACAAACAAAAAGUACAAUACCCGCCAUCCGCAUCCAUACAUCCACCUCAGUUACAUUCUCAUGGACAACAGCUUCAUCGCCCUAGUUUUAUGCAACCCAUCAUGCAUCCAUCGCCAUCCCAUGCUACAUCUCCAAUGUAUCCGUCGUUGCCACAUCAACCACAAUUUCUGACGCCAGAGCAACAACAGCAACAGCAGCAACGCGCUUACCCCCCAAACCAACCACCGUUAGAGGGAUAUGUUUAUACCUAUCCAGCCAUGCAACAACAACAACAACAAAGAUAUCCAUCUCAACAACAACAAUUAUAUCAACCCACGACAUACCAACCACCACAACCACCACAACCACCACCCUCAUUACAGCAAAACUCAAGACGCCCAUCUCAACCAUUACAGCAACAGCCAUCACCUUCACAGCAGCAACAUGUGAAACAAGCUGAACGAUCAAAGCAUCGAAAAAGUAGUAGCCAUAUGGCUGCUACUUUGGCACGUCAACAGCGCCAACAACAGCAACAACGUGAUUCUUACGCGUCUACUACUACUACUACUUCUAUUGUAAAGCCUAUGGGUGAACCCCAUGCAUCUCCAACCACCGCCACGGUACAGAGAAGAAAAAGUAGUAGUAGCAGUAGCAGUAGCAGUCAUAGUACAAACACGAUGGCCACCAGCACGACCACGACGACGCCUACAAUGUUGCCUGUCCCUCAAAAAAGAAAAGAAAAACGCGACUCUACCUCUACUACCACCCAUCUUUUAGAAAAAACAGCAGUAGCAUUGCGUAUAGAGAGUAAUAGCAGCAGUAGUACCCAUAGCCAGGAUCAGCAUGCUGCUGCUGCUACUACUACUACUACUACUCCUACUACUCCUACUACUACAAGUAACAGUAGUAGCAAUCACUCAAAUCUAGACGUCAAUCUUACAGCUCUGAUGAAACAAGUAGAAGAAAAAUUCAUGAUUGCUGAAAGAAAUACCAUUCCUUCCUAUCGUGGCAGACUUUACAAGUUAGAAAUCGUUCAACAGCCGAAUCGUGCUCGCAUGUGUGGUUGCGGCGAUAAGGAUCGAAGGCCCAUCUCUCCUCCUUCUAUCCUCAAGUUAACCGUCAUGACACCGGAGGGUCAAGUCCUCAGUCCAGAUGUCUUUGACCCUACCUUCUUGGUCGUCUUUUGUGAUUCUCGUCAAGAAGAAUCGGGUGCUGUCGGGAGCUGCGAAAGUAGCUUGUCGACCACGGCUGUUGAUUCGUCUUCGUCUUCGCUGUCCACGGUAGGUACAGCGGGCAGUACAGCCACAGCGAAAUCGCUGGCUAGCAACGUGAGCGCCAACGCCACCGCUACAGCGGCGGUUGGACGUUCUGCAAAAAGAAUAGACAAUAUCAUCACGUUCCCUACCACCCGUAUUGAUGACGACGGCAUUGAGCGUGAAAUCUCUCAAAAUUUGAAGAAUCUUGUCGGCAAUGCAUUCGCAUCCGCUCAGAAAUUGUAUGAUCCGGAAGGUCAACUGGGUAUUUAUUUCGUCUUUCAUGACAUUAGUUUAAGAGCAGAAGGAAUCUACCAUUUGAACUUUUCAUUGAUGCACUUGGGAUCACCCACUUCUUAUACACUCAAUACUUCGAGUACGUCUCACAUUAUCACAACCAUUGCCUCCAACUCUUUUGCAGUGUAUACGCCAAAGAAAUUCCCUGGCGUCGCAGGUAAGAAAGAUCAUGAGUACAUGUUUUGUCCGUUGUUGUGUACUCACCACACAUGUGUAUGUAUAACAGACUCGACUGAAUUGUCAAAAUGUUUUGCAAAACAAGGCGUCAAAAUACCCAUAAGAAAAGAGAAAUCAUCAGAAAGUCCAUCGAGUAACUCGCCUGCUAGAAAGCAGCCACCACACAGGCAACCCUCGCCUCCACUAGCAGAUGACGAUGACUACAAUAGCGUCUGAUACGGAGAAUGGAUGUCUUUUUCUACUUUUAAAAAAAGGCAUCUAUACACACUCUCUCUCUU